GCUCACUGUGUCUGAUGCACAAUGGCUCUCCUCUCACUGUUUCUCUUCACCUCUCUCCUAUCUCACAUAGGACACUGUGCUUAUGUUGACAUGGGCAUAGUGAAUGGCUCGGUGGUUAGAGCAAAUUCCAGACCCUACAUGGUUUCUGUCCAAAAAGACGGAAAACAUUGGUGUGGGGGCUUCCUCAUGUCAGAGAACUUUGUCAUGACAGCUGCACACUGCUGGGAAGCAGGGGUGAAGCUCACGGUUGUAGUGGGUUCUCAUGAACUGAAAAAGAGCAAAUCAGCUAUAAGCCAUAUGGAGGUGAAGCUGUACCACAUCCACCCGAAGUUUGACUCAGAGAAUUUGCUCAAUGAUAUCAUGCUGCUGCAGUUGAACAAAACCAUCAAAAAGAGCAAGAAUAUCAACUGGAUCUCCAUACCAAAAAAAAUUAAUCAGGACGUUAAGGCCAAGCAGGUCUGCAGCAUAGCAGGCUGGGGGAAAAAGUCUGAAAAUGGUGGAACAAGUGAUCGUCUAAUGGAAGUCGAUGUCACUGUCAUAGACACAAAGGUCUGUGAGAAAUCCUGGGGAACACCUUUCUCUGUCUCCAGUUUGGUGUGUACUAACGGUCGCGGAGGGUUUUGUCAGGGAGACUCUGGAGGUCCUUUGGUGUGUCAGAACACAGCUGUCGGAAUUGUUUCAUUCACAGAUACAGACUGCAAAUACCCAAAAUAUCCCUAUGUCUACACCAAAAUUUCAACAUUUCUGCCUUGGAUUAAUUGUAUUUUAGGAUAUGCGAAGUGAGCACUUGGCUAUUAUUUCAUAUUUUGUUUAAGUUUUUUCCCCCUUUUUUCAUGAAAAAAAACUUAAGUCAGUGUGUGUGUUUGUGUUUGUCUCUUGUAUAUGGAGCAGCUUUCUAUUUAAACUCUGACCUCAUAGGGACUAAAUAUGUGUUUGCUCUCGAGCAAAGUAAAAUAACCUCACAAAUCAUUUUGUCACUUUGUUGUGUUUACAGUAUGUGGGCAAGUCACAAUUAAGAAUUAAUUAAUGAAUUAAAAACGACUAAAUAAAAUAUUAAAGGCAAAUAUUCUUUUUAAAAAUCUGAUUUCCUUCUUCAGUUUAUUUGCCUUUUUUCCUGCAUUUAUUUGUCUAUUUCUUUAUUAUUUGAUUAUUUAUUUAUAUUCCAUUUUUCUAUAUUUGUUUGUUUGUUUUUACAUUCAGGCACAGAAAUCAAAACUAGAUAUGAUAAACCAGUGCUUUUUCACCUCACUAGUGGGCAGCUGUGGUACUGAACAGGAGCCGUAAACAUCUUAAUAUCUUUUUUUAUUUGUAUCAUUUUUAUUGUUUUGUUUUGUUUAUAAAUAAAAUGUGUUAAGAUAAUCUUGUUGUCCACUUUAAAUGACAUUUAGAAACGGACUACUAUUUUAUCUCACAAAUAAUUAAACUGGUCUCAGACUUCACAACACAAUUCUAGACAUAUUAAUAAAAUUAAAUACUAUACAUAUUAUAUACACUCACUGAGCACUUUAUUAGGAACACCUGUACACCUAUUCAUUCAUGCAAUUAAUCAGCCAAUCAUGUGCCAGCAGUGCAGUGCAUAAAAUCAUGAAGAUACAUGCCAGCAGAUUCACAUGUUCACAUCAACUAUCAGAAUGGGGGAAAAUGUGAUCUCAGUGAUUUUGACCAUCAAGAGUUGUUUAUUUGUCAUUUGCACAGUUAUACUGGGCACACUGGGCAUUGAAAUGCUUGUGACAAGUCUCAGAUUCAACAUUGUACAUGACCGUACAAGCAUGUAUUUAACAUGAACAAAUAUAAUUAGACAUGAAUGGU